GUCUUCGGCAUGGCGGAAGCUAUCCGACAUACACAACAGUCAGCUCGGAGGAAAGAGCAUCGCAGCCGGAAGAAUAACCUCAUCAUCCGCUGCCGCAAGUCAACAUGUCACUCCCCAGAUAUCCACGGGAAACAUGUAGUCCUUUCGGGAGACAAGCUAUUUGUCGACACCGGGACUGAUCCCGAUUCUGCAUUUGGACACCAUUUUGCGGGCUACUUCCUGCCGUACCCAGACAGCCAAUACGCCGGUCUAGUCUCAACUAUUUGCGACGAGCCGCCCAUCAUGAACUGGAUCUACGUGGAUCGUGACACGUACGAGGUCAAGUUCGGGACCCGGCCGUACGCUCAGCACAACUACACGGGCCCGUUCGAUUGCACUAGGCAAGACAAGCGACUCACAUUCGCCAGUUGGGAAGGAUUCUGCGUCGUGAAAACAGGGAACUUUUGGUCUCUCUACUUUGACGUCGAGCAGGAUGGGCUCAAGUCAAAGCUUCCUGAGGGCAUGACUGCCCUUGAGGUGGAUCUCUUGCGCGUCGAG